AUGGAUACUAAGAACAAACCAAUUAAAAUAUUGCAAUGGAACAUAGGUGGAUUAAGGAAUCACCUACCUUUUCUUAAGGACUCCCUUUACAGGGAUCAGAUUGACAUUGCAAUUCUACAAGAAACCAUUUACGAAGGAAUUAAUAUAAAAUUCCCAGGAUAUCAAAUCUAUAUAAAUUCUAGGAGAGGUCCCAGAGGGCUGAUGACACUGGUUAAAAACUCCAUACCUAGCCAUAUAACUAAACAACCAGCAACCCUAGGCCACAAUAUAGAAUCUUUAGCUAUAUCAAUUCAUUUACAGGAAGAAAUCAUAGAUAUUUACAAUUGCUACCGUCCCCCUAGAAACAAUUGUAUUCUGGAAUUAGAUGAACUUUUCAGUAUAGCAGAAAAUAGUCCCAUCCUCCUUGGAGGAGAUUUUAAUGCUCACCAUCCUCUUUUCAAUGACCCAACAUCCUAUCGACCACUUCUGAAAGAUCCUCCAGGAAUACAUAUAGAACAUCAUCUCUCCAAUAGCCUCCAUAUACAAAUUCUAAAUAAGACUAAGGCUACCCACAUAAGAGGAGGAGUCCUAGAUUUAACCUUCACUAAUGAUUAUCUAGCUUCUAAUGCAAACUCCUCCUUUCACGAGCACCUAAACAGCGACCAUUCAGCCUUAAUCAUUACUAUAGAAAUACCUAGGAUGAACUCCCCACCUUACCAACCAAAAUGGAAUACGCACAAAGCAAACUGGGGUAGAUUCCAAAAACUCAUUGAAAUAUGGGCUUCUUCCUAUCAAAUUGGUGACAAAACUCUUGAUAAACUAGAAGAAGACUUCAAAACAGCAAUCACAGAAGCUGCCAACUCCGCGAUACCAUUAUGUAAACCCUUUUCCAAAGAGCACCAGGAUCACUGGUAUUACAGUAACAGAGUCGCUGAACUACAUCACAGAGUGAAUAUAACUAAGAAAAACUUAUCAAAGUUCCCCUCCAAGGGUAAUCUCGACUUGUAUCGAGACACCUUAAGACACGUAAAAAGAGAGCUAUGGGAUAUACGAACUGAAAAAUGGCUUGCCUGGUGCGAAACUUUAAAUUCCCACACAAAGAUUAAAGAUAUUUGGAGCCAUCUCCGCAAAGCCACUGGCUGCUAUAGAACUAAUCGAAUCCCGGCACAUCCUGAUCCUCAAGGUGAAGCCAACAAACUAAUAAAUCAGUUUGCUACCAGAUCGUCUUCCAGUAACUUAGACCAAAAUACUGUGGAAGCCUUGGCAAUAAACAGACCACUACAACUGCACAUAAUAGAAAACGCAAUCGAAGAUUCAGAUGAUACUGACCAUCCUAUUACCAUGGCAGAAAUCAAUAAAGCCAUUAAUAUACACAAAAUCUCAGCUCCAGGGAUGAUAAAAUAUCAUAUGGCAUGA